AGGUCAUCAAAGCGACACAGCGACACAUGCUAUUCUCAAAUUUUCCUUAACUUCGAUCUAGCAACGACAUAUUUUUCGAUUCGACCCCCCGGACCACUCUUUCCCCGGAACACAUAUUACGUGAAGACACCCAAGCACACGUACACUGCGUUCUUAAUCUUCCGGUUCAGCUCAAUUUUAUCCUGUCCGAUCCACCGCGGGGUAUCAAUUCUGAAGUUCGUCGAUUCAACUGAGGAGACGAUUCCUCCAGCGCAAAGUGGCACUCAACCUCCGCUGCCGACACGACACUAUUUCUCUGGGACGCCUCUCGUAUCGCCGGGGACCUACUUUUCCUUUCUCGUGGUGCAGCAAUCAAGAUGGCACCGGUACUAUGCGCAAAGUGCAAGACCGAGCGCGCGCUCGUGAAGCGGCCCAAGAACCACCAGAAACUUUGCAAGGCUUGUUUUAUCUCAGUAUUUGAGGAAGAAGUACAUCACACUAUUGUCUCUUCCUCACUAUUUUCUCGUGGAGAGCAGGUGGCUAUCGGGGCUUCGGGUGGCAAAGACUCGACCGUUUUAGCAAGUGUUCUCAAAACCCUAAACGACAGGUAUGACUACGGCUUGAAUCUUGUACUCCUCAGCAUCGAUGAGGGAAUCAAGGGUUAUAGAGACGAUUCGCUAGAAACCGUCAAGAGAAAUGCCGUGCAGUACGACAUGCCCCUUACUAUAGUAGGGUACGACGAGUUGUACGGCUGGACGAUGGACCAGGUUGUCGAAGUGAUUGGAAAGAAGGGCAACUGCACAUAUUGUGGUGUGUUCCGCCGACAGGCACUGGAUCGAGGCGCCAGGAUUUUGAACAUUAAACAUGUUGUCACCGGCCACAACGCAGAUGAUGUUGCUGAAACCAUCCUCAUGAACCUCUUGAGAGGCGAUUUGCCACGGCUAGGUCGCAGCACAAGUAUCGUCACUGGCGACGACACUAGCGAUGUCAAGCGCAGCAAGCCCCUCAAGUAUUCUUACGAGAAGGAAAUCGUGCUAUAUGCUCAUCAUAAGAAGCUCGACUACUUCAGUACCGAAUGCAUCUACAGCCCCGAAGCUUUCCGCGGCACUGCUCGCACCCUGAUCAAGAAUCUCGAGCGGGUGCGGCCAAGUGCUAUAUUGGAUAUAGUCCGCAGCGGUGAGGAUAUGGCUCGGCUGGUUGCGGGAGGAUCAGGCAGCUCUUGCGCCUGCAAAGGAAGUGCUCCCCGUGUCGCUGAGGAUGACUUCAUUGCUGGCUGCGGCUCGCAGCAAAGCAAAGGCCUUGCGACCGAAAUUGCUCAACUGGAUGCAAGCUUGAGCCAGACAACUCUGACCAAAUCUCAGGAGACAGACUUCACAACUGCUCCUUCACCUUCACUAAAGAUUGGAAAGAAGAUUCAGAAUUCGCCUGAGACGCCCAGACCGAGACAUGGCCAAGCACAGGCAACUACAAGUGCUCCAUUACAGACAUUGGGCAAGUGUGAAAAAUGCGGCUACAUGUCUAGUCAAGCCAUCUGUCAAGCCUGUCUGUUGGUGGAUGGGUUGAACAAGAAUAAAGCGCAGAUUAGCUUAUAG